AGCUUUAACCUUAUUUUCAUGUUUUGGUUAGUUUACCCAUGUUUUAUUUACCAUAACCUAUCCUAGUCCUACAUCUAAUAUGUUAUACAUUGGACAAUUAAUAAGAAGUGGUCUUGUCUUCUUAGGCUAAUUUAGUAGUUCAGUCAAAGCGAAACUGUUGUGAAUGUAUUUGUUUAACUUAAAAUGUUCAGGUGGUUCGUCUUAUAACGGAUAUUUGUAACAGAAGUGCGGUGAAGUUGUUAAAAUGGAAUUGACGGCUACGCCUAAUAAUGAGUUGCAGUACAAAAAAUUGAUUCAUUGUGAAGUGUGCUCAAAAAAUGAAGCAAAGUAUACAUGUCCAAGAUGUGAAUUGAGAACAUGCUGCUUGGAAUGUGUCAAGAUCCACAAGAAAGAGUUGGAGUGUAAUGGUUUAAGGGAUAAAGUCAAAUUCAAAUUGUUAAAAAAUUUUGAUAACAUAGACCUUUUGAAUGAUUACCGGCUCCUUGAAGAAACGGCUCGUGUCAUUACCAAGCCUGUAAAAUUGCCAGCAAAAUCUUGCUACAAUGAUCGAAAUGGAUGUUUACCCAUUCACUUGUAUCGUCUAAAACGUACAGCUUUGGCUCGGAAAAUCCAACUAUAUUUUCUUCCUCCCAGUUUUACCCGGCACUCUACAAACACUUCGUAUCUGGACUAUGAGACCCAAAAUUUGUAUUGGCGCAUUGAUUGGGUUUUCCCACAAGCAGGAAACAUUACUUUCACCGAUGAGAAGAUUUUAGAUUCAACUCUUCUAUCUGCUUGUAUCCACAAGUAUAUUGAUCCUGAAGCCAACAUGAGCUCCUCUUUAUCAUUUUAUCAAGCAGCUGGCAGUUCAGGUGUUAAACUACUUUUGAAAGCUGAGCGCACCGGUCCUGAUAGAUACUACCUGCUGGAUCCAACAACAACGCUAAGAGAAAAUCUCGAAGGAAAGUCAAUAAUUGAAUAUCCAGUGAUACAUGUGAUUUUAAACUAUCACUUGAAUGAAUUCAAUUUACUGACUGAAGCCGAAGAAGAAAGUCUUCAGAAAAGACAAAGAAGAAGACAGCAUUUGCGAAAAAAACAUGAAACAACCAAAACAAAUAAUUUCCUUUUCUCAAAUGGCACUGAUGGAAAAGGAGUUAUGUCCAAUGAAGAUAUUGAUGAUUCGGAUAAUGGUGAUUGUCCUACUACAAAAGAAAAUAAUGAUGAAAAGAAUCAUUUUCGAGAUAACAACUUCCCCUAUAACAGAAGAGGAAGAGGUCGAGGACGAUUUAAUUACAAAAAUAAAUGGAAUCAAAGAAAUAGACAAGGCAACCAACAGUCAAACAGGUUUUCUAGCAAUGAUGCCAAUGGUCUUAUGUGAACAUAUUUACCACUUUGUUAUUAAUUCUCCCAUUGUUACAAAUUGGUAGUCUAUUGAGUUUCCAGAAAUAUUUUUUACCUAAGUAUUAAAAAAUGUUAUAAAAUAUAGUGUAUAUUUUA